AUGUAAUAAUAACACAAAGUGCUUUUGGAAAUAAGUAAGCCAACACUUUCGAGUAUGUCAGAGCUUCUGAAUAAAAGGAUUGUUAGUAAAGAUGGCCUAUAACCAAAAAUGUUGACAUUUAUGCUCUAGGAUAGCUAAUGUAUUACAAAUUAUUUAAAGUGCGUUAUGAUUAAAAUCCUAAUUGGGAGAAGAAGUAUAAAUUCAUAUAUAUUAGACCGAAAUAGGGUCUCUACAGUAAUAAAUUAUAAUAGUUAAUCAGACUUCUAUUAUUCCCACCCAAAGGAGGGGUUGAAUGCUGAAUAAAUUGAAGAAUAUAUUCACACAUAUUUAAUAAACUAGAUGUACAAAAAAGUUAAAUAUGUAGUCAUAUGUCUUCUCAAAUUCAUAUUAGAAUUUAUCAACAAAUGAAAAAUUGAAUAGAGAAAUACUUACUUAGAUCUUCAAUUUUUUACUAAUUUGUUAUACAGCUAUUCUGUUAUUUUAAUAGAAAAGGUCAAAUUUCAUAAAUUCAACUUAAAGUAUUUUGAAGGCAAUUUUGCAAUGGUUCCCUUUUUCAAUCAUAUUAACUUAAGGGAUAAAUUAAAAUUAAGAUACCAAUAUUAAAUAAUUUAAUUACAUUGUGAAAUAGUUGAAUAAUUUUAUAACUAGUUUCUAAUUCUAAAAAUAAUCUAUAUUUAAUUUGUAAUUAGGAUUUGCAAUUACAAUGGCAGAUGAAUAAUACAUCAUUUUAAGUACCUGCACUCACAUUUAUUAUGCCUUAAUUAAAGUACAAAUUACAUUACUGGCAAGCCUCAAUAAAAGAAGGAAACCAAAUAAAUAUUCAUACAAUUUGAAGAUGAUUACCAACACAAUUUUUAUUAUACUUUCUAAUUUUUUCAAUCUUGUAAUAAAUCCCUCAAUUUUAUUAAAUCAUACCUGAUCCUUCAAGAAGUGGAAUUGACACUUUGAAAAAGGUACCAAUUUUUUAAAAAAUUAAAGGGGAAUUCAAUAUUUAUGAUUAUCUUAGUUAUUCUAUUUCAAUUGAUGGAAUAAAAAUGUCGUAAAGUUACGGAGAAAUAAUGAGUACCUACGUUAUGGAAUACGAUGAUGAAGUAGUAGAAUUAGAUCCAAGAAAUGAGAAGUUUGCAACAUAAUACCCAAUAAGACCAGUGUUGUCUUUUUAAUCAUAAAGUGAAAGAAUUCAAAAAUUUAGUUUUGAUGUGGACACUAGUGUAAAUGGUUCCUAUAAUAAUUCUAAUAUAAUUUCUUAACAAUAACAAUAACAAUAACAAUAAAAAUAACAAUAACAAUAACAAUAACAAUAACAAUAACAAUAACAAUAACAAUAACAAUAACAAUAACAAUAACAAUAACAAUAACAAUAACAAUAACAAUAACAAUAACAAUAACAAUAACAAUAACAAUAACAAUAACAAUAACAAUAACAAUAACAAUAACAAUAACAAUAACAAUAACAAUAACAAUAACAAUAACAAUAACAAUAACAAUAACAAUAACAAUAACAAUAACAAUAACAAUAACAAUAACAAUAACAAUAACAAUAACAAUAACAAUAACAAUAACAAUAACAAUAACAAUAACAAUAACAAUAACAAUAACAAUAACAAUAACAAUAACAAUAACAAUAACAAUAACAAUAACAAUAACAAUAACAAUAACAAUAACAAUAACAAUAACAAUAACAAUAACAAUAACAAUAACAAUAACAAUAACAAUAACAAUAACAAUAACAAUAACAAUAACAAUAACAAUAACAAUAACAAUAACAAUAACAAUAACAAUAACAAUAACAAUAACAAUAACAAUAACAAUAACAAUAACAAUAACAAUAACAAUAACAAUAACAAUAACAAUAACAAUAACAAUAACAAUAACAAUAACAAUAACAAUAACAAUAACAAUAACAAUAACAAUAACAAUAACAAUAACAAUAACAAUAACAAUAACAAUAACAAUAACAAUAACAAUAACAAUAACAAUAACAAUAACAAUAACAAUAACAAUAACAAUAACAAUAACAAUAACAAUAACAAUAACAAUAACAAUAAUAAUAAUAAUUAUUAUUAUUAUUAUUAUAAUAAGCUUAAGAGGAGUUAUAAUUAUAAUACAAUAACAAGAAAAUCAACCCUAAGCAUGAAUGCAGAGUAGAAAAAGAAAGAAACCAAAUCGUAAUAACAAGGGUCCUAUUUAUAUCAAGAUUUAGAUUUCUCGGAAAGAAGAAGGACCACCAAAAUGAUGAUGAGACAGAAUAAUUUUCAAAUAAACCCAAUGAAUAUUUGUAAAUUAACAUAAGAGCACCAUUGGUAAACUAGAAUGUAAAAUUAAAAAAGGAAUUUUUAAAUGAUGAAGAAUUUUUGAAUUUGGGAUAAAUAAACAAUGGAACAAAUAAAUAAAAUGGUAAUUCUUAAAAUUAAAGAAUUUAAUCAUCAAAUUCUUAGCCAAUAAAUCAUAAUUACUUUGGCCAAUUUAAUUAGUUGAAUGAGAAAAGUAAAAAUAAUAAUAUUUAAUAAUAAAAAUUGGACAUUAUUUAAUAAUUAUAGUAAUUAUAAUAAUAAAAUAAUUUUUAAGUAGUAGAUUAUUUUUAAAAUUAGGGGAAAAGUAAAUAAAUUAUCAUCUUAUUUUAGACGUUUAAGAAUGGAUGAUUCCUCAUGAUCAACUAAAUUUAGAAAGAUUAAUUGGAACAGGAAGUAGUUGUGAAGUGUAUAAGGGAUAUUGGAGAGGAGGUGAAGUGGCAAUAAAGAAAAUGAAAAUAAAAUCAUUGAAUGAAAACCAUUUAAAGGAAUUUAGUAGAGAAAUAUCUGCUUUUGUAAUAAGUGAGAAACAUAAUAAUUUGGUCCAAUUGAUGGGUAUAUCUUAGAAGAAUGAUGAACUCUAUAUUGUAACAGAAUUUUGUGCAAGGAACAUUGUUUGAU